AUGACGCGCCUCGGCACAUGGAGGGCCACGUACCUCGUCGCCCUGUCAUGUGUCGGCUCCUUCCUCUUCGCCUACGACACGGGCAUCGUCGGCGGCGUCCUGACGCUGCAGUCCUUCCAGCGGGACAUGGGCUUUAGCGAGCGCGAGAAGGAGAACGUCGCCUCGCUGUCGGCCAGCCUGCUGCAGGCGGGAGCCUUCUUCUCGUGCUUGUUCGUGUGGCCGUUUACUGCGCGGUAUGGCCGCCGAUGGGCGCUGGCGGCGGCCUCGCUCAUCUUCAACAUCGGUGCCGUGCUGCAGCUCUUUUAUCAACACGGCAUCGCAACGUGGUACGCCGGCCGGACGAUAUCCGGCAUCGGAGCAGGCGUCGCAACCGUCAUCAUCCCCAUGUACUCGGCCGAGAUGGCCCCCAAGGAGAUCCGCGGCCAGCUCGGCUCCCUCUUCCAGUUCUUCUUCACCCUCGGCGUCUCCGCCAGCUACUGGGUCGACUACGGCGCCGCGCAGCACAUGGCCCCGUCGACGACCCGGCAGUGGCGCGUCCCCGUCGCCCUGCAGCUCGUGCCCGGCGGCAUCCUGGGCCUGGGCAUGCUGCUGACCAGGGAGAGCACGCGGUGGCUCGCCCAGCACGAUCGGCACGAGGAAGCGCUCGAGUCGCUCAUCUGGGUCCGCGGGGGGGACCGGCUCGAGGUGCGGAUGGAGUUUCGCGAGAUUGUGGCCGGCAUCGAGGAGGAGGAGAGGCUGACGGCCGGCUUCUCGUGGAAGGAAUACUGGUUGCCGGCGAAUCGGCAUCGCAUCUUUUUGGCGGUGACGCUGCAAAUUGGAGCGCAGUUGACGGGAAACACAUCCCUGGCCUACUUCUCCCCCCAAGUCUUCCAAGCCGUCGGCGCCGGCCAAAACGCCCUCCUGCUCAGCGGCUUCUUCGGCGUCUGCAAGGUCGUCAGCUGCGCCUUCUUCCUGCUCUUCCUCGUCGAGCGCAUCGGCCGCCGCUGGUCGCUGCUCGCCGGCUCGUUCCUCAUGGGCGCCUACAUGUUCAUCAUCAGCGUGCUCACGCAGAGAUAUCCGCCGCCCGUCGAUGGAGGGAGGUUGACGCCGCCGGCGAUUGCGUCGUUGACGAUGAUUUUUCUCGAAGCGAUGACGUUUAACAUCUCCUGGGGUCCCAUCCCAUGGCUCUACAUGAGCGAAAUCUUCCCCACAAGAGUCCGCGAAGGAGGCAUCGCCGUCGGCGCAGCGACCCAGUGGCUCUUUGGCUUCACCCUCAGCCAAGUCACGCCGGCGGCAGUCAACAACCUCGGCUGGAAGGCCUUUCUCAUGUUCUGCUGCUUCAACUGGGCGCUGGUGCUGUACACCUGGUUCUUUAUCAAGGAAACCAAGGGCCUGUCGCUGGAAGAAAUGGACAUUUGUGAGUUUUGGGAAAAAAUCUAG